GUAGCAGUUAUUAAAAACAUUCAGCAAGUUUGUGUUAUUACACCAGUUUUCCUUUUUAAUUAAUUUACAAUGUUUUGUUAUGAAUUAAUGUUUAUUUUGUGAAAGUCUUUGAGUGAAAGUGAAUAAAAAUAAAAAAAACAUUAUGGAUCUUAGUGAAAUGAAUGUGGAGUACUUAGUAUUACCGUGACUAAAGUGAACGGAUUGUUUAUUGGUUGACAAGAGGUUUUAAAUUAUGACGACAAUAAGCACGCGCGGCGAAGUCGGAGCGUCAUGGCUGGUCGCAGCAGCAGCCAUGGGCAUCGUCACAGCGACCACCCUCGCUGGUAACGGCGCUGUGCUGGCUGCCUUGAAGCGGGCUCAGCGGUCGCCAGCGCACUACCCGCUGGCCAGUCUUGCAGCAGCUGACCUGCUGGUAGGAGCCUUCGUGCUGCCGAUCGCUGCGGCGAGGGAGCUCUUUGUCUUCCAUCUUAACUGGGCCAUCUGCUCCUGCUGGAGCACCUUAGACGUGCUCUGCUGCACCGCGUCCAUCCUCUCCCUAUGUGCGCUAGGCUGGGAGCGCUGGCGAGGCAUCACGGCGCCGCUGUCCCGCGCGCGGCGAGCCCGGCAGGCGCGCUUGUAUGCCGUCCUGGUGUGGCCCGUCGCGGCCGCCGUGGCCGCGCCCACCGCCUUCAUACCCUCGCCGAAGCACUUCCACCCCGGAGAGGCGGCCAAGGCUUGCACCGUCAACACCAACGUCGGUUACGUGUUCUUCAGCACGUCGUUCUCGUUCUACUUGCCAGCGAGCGUGAUGGUGACCCUGUACGCCAGGAUCCUGUAUGCGCUGGCCUCCCCACCCACCAUCAGGGCGCAUAGAGGACGCUCGCCGACUAAACCAGAACCACCGAAAACUACCACACCACUUGAGACGAUUAAAGUCCAAAAAACAUUAGUAUUUACCUCUCCAAAAGGCUGCCACCUGAAUGUGCCAAGUGACAAAACAGACGCAAAAUGUCCCGCGCCGGCAUCGCCAAAAAACAAAGCUUUCUCUUCAUCGGACGGCAUAAUCUCUCGCCAAAGGCGCGCCACUCGCACCAUAGUGAUGCUCAUGACCCUGUUCCUGGUGUGCUGGACUCCUUUCUUCGUGAUGCUUCCAGUGGACUCACUAUGCGAGUGCGUGAGGGACGUGACCUGGCUAUGGUGUACAUGGCUGGGCUACGCCAACUCGGCGCUGAACCCGCUCGUCUACGCGGCCGCGUCGCCCAGUGUGCGGCAGGCCUUACACAAGUCACUCACUACUUCAAGUUCGACUAGAAAUACAGACGUGCAGCUGUCGCCUAGUGCGCGCAGGCCCUAAGCUAACGUCAGUGUCUCAAGAUGGCGGCGAGCGACAAGAUGGCCGCUACAUACAAUGGCGGGCGGGACAGCGUGCUCGCUCCGCCGAAGUCUCGU